UGGAUGAAAAUGGAAAUCCUAUAGAUCCAAACACUUUUCCUGGAAGUAGUGGGUUACUGGUUCCAGGUGAAAGGAUGCGAAGGGCAAGUGUUAGAUCAACAAAUACUUUGAAUACCGAUUCAAAAACUAUUCAUAGUAUAAUUGAGGAAGAUGUGAUUGUGGAUGAAAAUGGAAAUCCUAUAGAUUUAAACACUCUUUCUGGAAGUGGUGGGUUACUGGUUCCAAGUGAAAGGGUGCGAAGGACAAGCAUUAUAUCAACAAAAACUGUUAUAAGUCAAGUAAGUCAGAUUAUAUAUCAAGAAGAGAGUAGUGUAAUUGAACAUUCUGGGGAAUUGGUUGUUGAAACUGAAAUUGAACAAGUUGGAAUAGGUGAAAUUAGUGGAUGA